AUGGCUAUGUUUUCUAAAUUCUGCAAUUCGGUCUCUGCCAAGUAACCAGAUAUGUGUUAACCCAUCAAAGCACCUUUUUAUUUCCGGUACAUUGUUUGGAGCACGAAAAAUUUGUCUCCGGACAAGGAUCAAGGAGUUAAAGUAAAGUCUCUGGAAACACCUCAGAAAUGUACGUUUAAAGGAGUUCGUCGGUGCAGCUCUUCGCCAAAUCUAGCGGAAUCGAAGUGAAGUGCGGGACCGCAUCGAAUAACACCAUAAUCUCCUCACAUAUAAUGUUGACACUGUUUUAUUUGUCUAGAAACUCGUUUCAAUCCUGAAUGGAUUUCUCGUAAUUCUUCGUAAGAGGAUGUAGUUGGCGAAAUAGCCACUUCGAUAUCUUAUAGUUGUGUGAACUGAUUAGGGAGACCAUUGGUCGCAACGGAAUAUAAGUUUUAUGAAGUUUGGGAAGGCCAAACAUCUUGGCAAUUGCUUGUUUAUCCUGUUUUAAAUACUUGGCAAGAACCAUCGAGAGUAAUUUCCUUUCUGUAGGGCGUUUCAUUGUUUUUUCAAUACAUGAGGUCUGUGAGUUGGUGGGGUCGGCAGCUAGAGAUUCGUAUGUUAAAUCAUCUUUUAAGAGUGACAUCAUAUUUUCUGUGUUGUCUGUUUUGUUCAAAAUAGUGGUGGCAUCUCCUUUGUCGGCAGGAUUCCAAUCAUUUAACCCGACCCUUGCGAUGAUAAAAACUCUGUUUAGUCACUACCGAGAACUUUUCCCAAAAGAAGUUCACUAUCCUCUGGAAGAAAUUUCCAACCCGCUUGCCUGGGCUUUUAUCAGAAAGCCCUGUUGAUCACAUAUCGGUGGGACUUUAAGAUUAUUAUUUAAGACACUAUUUGGCGGAUUUAAUAUAUACGGACAGUACGUCUUUUCUUCAAGAUCAACUUCACAUAGGAACCGGUACUUAGUCCAAGGAGCCCAGGUCUUACGUCCAGCUCUUUCAGUAAAGUUUAACAAAGUUGUAUUGUCGCCUUCUCACAUCUGGCUUGAACACUUUCCUUUCAGGGUGUCCAAGGCUCUCCUGGCUAUCCGGGCGUUCAUGGAUUUAUGGUGAGUAACUACGGUCGCCGUUUUAUUUCGAGUGCCACUAGCAAACUAACUUUAAAGUAUAUCAAUGUGAUCCUCCGCUUCUUCGAGUACUUAUUAGUUUCCUUAAGACUAGAGCGAUUUUCCCAAGCCUCAAAAAGUGAUAUGUGAGUCUGUGCUGGGUAUUAUUAGGUGACAUAAAUCAACCAAUGAAAAUUCAGAGCGUGCCCCGAAAGUGCGCAAAUACGACAUAACAUACAAAAGUCGUUGAAGCGAAAAUGCCGGUUUGCCUCAAAGCCUAUAGACAGACCACUGCCUUAGACGUCCCCCCACACUUGCCUGUCUACCUCUGACAGCUGAAACUGACCUCCAAACUGUUGUCUGAAGUGGCGCCUGUUUGUAGUUUGAAAACUGGCUGAUACUCGCUGAUGACAAAAGAUUAUCGUAGGCUCAUUUCCCCGCGUGGAUCGUUGCUCAGAAAUGUGCGAAUAUCAACCAGAGAUUCCAACUGACUUGGCAACUACGAUUUUUUGCUUCGUGGCCGGCCUGACAUUUUUCGUGAACUACUUAUUAUUUAGGGACUGAAUAAGAUGACCGCAUUCAUUUGUGGGAGGCUAAAAAGAUAUUCGAUGGGAAAUGUCAAUAAUAAAAGUCUACGAAAUGCACUCUCUGUCGCAGUUGUCAAUUAGGCUACUUGGAAAGGUAAGCUGCGUAGUUUAAUUUAUAGUUCCCGCAUGUGAUUGAUAAUCAGGGUGGUUUUAUGCAAUUAUGACAGCGGUUUCUGCUGUGCACUAAAAAUUUGAUUCUCAUCUCAUGGGUGUGUUGUUUUUUGAAAAUUCUAGGGACACCCGGGAUUAAGGGGUCCGAAGGGUGCAAAGGGAGCCACAGGGUGUCCGGGCCUGAGGGUAAGUUCUUCAAAUUUUGAUGCACACUCCAAAUGACUGCCGGAAGUGAGCUGACCUCUAUAUCGUGGUGAAAUUGACUACUGUUCAGUCUUUGCGAAUGCAAAUCCCCAUGCCCUUCUGGUGUUUGACAUAGCUUAAUCGGUAGGGUUCUUUGAAAUUACCAUGAGGCGGAAUCCUGGGAGAAACGUGACAUCGGCUGGAUGUUUUUACAGACAUGAACAGUUGUUGUGUAGUAUUUAUUGUCUACAGAGUGCUAGACUGCAAAACAUCCGUAACCAAAUGCUUCAUCUGCAUAUAACCUUGUGCAGGCAUCACAUAAACCAUGAUCAUCUCGCAUUCCCAUGAGAUACCCCUAAGUUGCCUAUAAAGUUGUCCUCAGGAAGGCAAAGACCCCAUUAAAAGCAUCCGACUAUUAACCGGAAAAGCCUGAGUAUGGAACUAGAAUCUAGUAUAAGUGUCCCGAUUCAGAAGAUAUCAAGAUUACGCAUAUGCCGCGUAUGGUCAGGUACACUCAAAAAACCGGGAGAUAUUGUAGAUUUAACUGCGCUUUUGGCUGGACAGUUAAUCGAAUUUGUUUGAUUCGGCCUUGUUGUAAGGUUACUGUCGAACCUCCAGUAAAUACAGUUGUGGCCUCAAGACAUUUCUCUGUCGUGUUGACUGCCCCUCGAAUUCCUUGUUAAUUUUUUAACAGUUUCCACGAACUUGUUUUAAGUAAAAUAAUAUCGUAACUAAGAAGUGACUCUAACCGCUUCUCCCCCCCCCCCGCUUCCACCAAGGGUCCUGACGGAGAGCCAGGUCUUAACGGUUUUCCAGGACGUGAUGGUCAAAAAGGCGAACCGGGACCCAGCGGACCAAAAGGCGCUCCUGGUUUUGCAGAUUCUGGACCUCGGGGACAAGAUGUACGUAAAAAUAUACAAUCUCAUGGUUUUUGCAUACAGGCCUGCUUGCGAUUAUAUUAUAAUGCUAUUGAACUUGUAGUUUGUUGGCAGAAUAGUCAGACAGUAAAUAAUUAAUCAGCUGAAGAAUUUGUUUAAAUUGUUUGCUGAUUUGAUAACAAGCAUCUUGUGGAUAUGAGUCACCUGGUGACAAAGUAGCAACUAUCCAUAAGUGUACGGUUUGUACUAUAUAUAUAUAUAUAUAUCAAUCAGGAAUGGGCGCACACCGAUCUAUUGGCUUCACAAAGCAAACAAGCUCCGUAUGUGUGACAAAGAUCACGAACAGGCAACCAAUUACCAGGCCGAAGUCGGCCAAGUCAUAAUAGCAGCGAGGAGGGACGACAGAGAAUGCGGGUAGAUUGAUACAGCACUGUUUCGGGCUUAUUCUGCCUUCAUUCAGCCAAUCAUAACCCUGACCACCAGCAGCUGAGACCUCCAGCAGCAGCUGGUAGGCCUCAGUGGUGGACUGACUGCGCCAGGUGCGUCUGUGCGCAUGUUUGUGUUUCUGGUCUCAGCUGCUGGUGGUCAGGGUUGUGAUUGGCUAAAUGAAGGCAGAAUAAGCCCAAAACAGUGCUGUAUCAAUCUACCCGCAUUCUCUGUCGUCCCUCCUCGCUGAUAUAUAUAUAUAUAUAUGCAUAAUGACAACGACAAAGAUUAAGGGAAAUGGAAUGGCCUUUUCUGGCUUAUUAGUCGUCGUUAGCCAGUCAUACCCAACCCCGAAGUGUAUAAAACAUGGGGCUCGGCCCCUGGCGUGUUGUUAAGAAGUCCAAGGCAUCUUAUUACUGAGCCACGUGCUCUUAGUCAUGUCUGAUGCGAUCGGGUAUAUACACUGGUCGCGGCACCAAAGUCCAGGUGUUCUACGCCUCGGAGUUGGGUGUGACUGCCUGAUGACGGCUAAUAAGUCAGAAACUGCGACUCCAGUCCUCCUUGCCUUUGCCAGUAAUACUCUUUUGCCCAUGCUACACGCCGCUGUUCGGCUGCUGGUGGGGUUUCAGAUUGAGCCCCAAGGCACAAAGGGACGCGUGAGUUCCGUAACGCGAUCGAUGGGCGCACUCCUACCAUUUAUAUAAAUAUAGUAUAGGACGCUGGCGGUCCACUGAGAAGACCACCCCCCUCCGCAGCUGUGUCAUGCAGCAGCAGCAGCAGCAGCAGAAACGUCGGCAAAAUACGUGUCUUGGCUUUGUCGGGAGCACGGUAUAACCGAUCAGGUUAGUCCAACCCCGCCAUGGAGUUCAAUCAAGAGUCUCAAGCAUGCAGUUGAAUAGCGAAAACUAAUGCUUGCCGGUAGAGCGUUCGAAUUAACGCCGACUGACCGAAGAAUCCUGGUGCCAAUUCCAGACUCCCUAACUUGAUGUUGAUAUAAGGCUGGCUCUCAAUGGCCAAAAAGUCAUAAGUUGUCAUCCCGUUUCGGUCGCUGAGCGACUGUUUGCGGGGACACUAGCUUUAACCCCAUGGUAGAAUAGGACAAGCAAGCAAACUUCCACUUCAGUAGAAGUGACAGGAAAAUGGACUCGUGGCUAGUGACAGAGAGUUGAGUCGAAUACUGCUUAGUGACGAGAAAUCCGGGCUCAGAUCUUAAGUCCUGCACACCUUGGGGUAGUUGGCAUGGUUGCCUGACGACAGCCAAUAAGCCAGAAAUGGCCAUUCAAGUCUCCCCUGUCUUUGUCCGUAAUAACAUUUCACCUCUAUGAUGCGCCACUGUGCGGAUGCUAGUUGGACUCGAGAGAGAGAGAGCUCUAAGGUACAAUGGGUCGGGUGAGUUCCGUAAUAACGAUCGAUGCUCUUCCCUCUACCAUUUAUAUAUGCAUAUCUGCAUAUAUGCAUAUAUGCAUAUCUCUAUCAUUCGAAAUAUAUGCAUAUAUAUUUAAUACGUAGAAAUUGAUCGGGUCCCUAAAUCUCAACCUUUUAACGGCUAUUUCUGUCAAGCUGUGAAAGAUAACAACUUUUACAGUUAAAAACAGGUUGCAAUAGCUCAGCCGCAAUGCAUUUGAAAAACAAUUUCGUUAUCUAAGUCCCUUUCGUGGCAUCCCUUUUUCCAUUAUGCUGAUUCCUUAGUUUCGUUUGCCUACCUUGCGAAUAAAACUACCCGAUUUUCAGCACAAAUUAUUUCUGCCUUGAUGUUCAUCUGGAGCGAUCUCUUGAAAAAGUACAAAACCCCUUCUGAAAGUUAAAAAGUGCAAACUUGUCCACAAUGAUUGGGGCAACGUUAGUUGAUUUUGUUCUACCAACCACAUUCGGGCGAUUGCGUAAUCCUGCUUACGGCGUUUUAUAUGUUUAUUUUCGUGCAGGGUCAUUACUUUUCUAGACAGCAUUUGGUUCACUAACUGUAUAAUCAAUUCUCGGAAUACUUACACAAGCCAGCAACAGCUAAAAACUUCAUCGGAAUACGCAUUUGAAAAAAGGGGCCAAGUCUAUAUUUGGUAAUUUCGACAUUUUUGGUCCGAAAGUGUCAUGCUGGGCUGAACCUCCAAGUGCGCACGAAAAGUUACUGGCUCAUCCGUUCUAAUCUGCGACUAAUCUGUGACAUCCAACUUGUGCUAUCAGGUGCACGUGUGAAACAUCGCGGAGGAGGUAACUCACUUAGGCGGGGGAGGGGAAGGGAUCACGAUCAGUGAGAAGAGAAUUUUCACUGGUCGACAGUCUGCAAAAAAACGGGCCUCGUUCCCAACCUCAGUCCGUGUUCCUAUCCCCCUCCUCCCCUCCCGGUGCGGUUAGACCGCUGCGCUGCGCUGUGCCAGUUGGGCACACGCGUAGGCGUGUGGUCUCCGGUCACUCCAGGGUAACAGCAGCAACAGCAGUUGGGGUUGUGCAAUUACACCAAGCACCUACCUGUUGCGCCUAAGGCAACUCCAGUUGAUGCGUGUGUUUGUGUGCGAAUGGGCGCACCUACACGCCCCAGGUGCGUCAGUGCCCGCGCGCAUUCCCGCAUGCAUGCGUCGUAAACUUGCGUGCGCCUAAUUGCCCCUUCCUCUGUGGCCUCAGGGCUCCAUCGCAGCUCGAGUGUUUGUGGCUGUUGCAGAUGGCGAUGUCAGCCUGUGCACUUUAACAUUUCUGGCAUUCGCGAACACAUUAGGUUUUGGGCUCGGAGCCAACGAAUGAGGAGGUAGCAGCAUUGGCAGGUCCGGCGGUUAACUCCCAGAUGGUGUGUAUACACACGGCUGGACAACACAAGUACAACCUUAGCAUCAAUCCUAUCGGACUUUUCGAUCCACACACCCACAGGCUUUGCAUGUGCUUGUGUGUGGAUAGGUGGGGGGGACUUGCUUUGCUACGCUUUCUUUGGCAAAUGCUACAUUCCGCUUAUUGUGUUUUCACUAGCGCUUAAAUGUCGGAUAGGCAGGGCCACUGUCGUCCGCUUAAAACGACAGUCCAGUGGUGAAGCUGCCUGUGUAUUCCAUAAGGAUCAUUUUCUGAAAAAGUUUAACGCUCUCAUUGUUGAGAUUGAGAGUGUGAAAAUAACUCUGUCCUCUAAAGGAGUACAGAAUGACAUAAAUGUUUCUGAAACACCUAGGGUUAAUAUAGUUACGAGAAUCGGGGACUCCAUUUUUAUUCUCUAAACUUUCUAACUGACUUUCAUCAGCAAACCGGCGCUUAUCCUACAUUUCUGGACACUGCGUUUGUCCAAAAUAUGCCUUAACAAUUGAUUUCUUUCGUUUAGGGAGUCCGAGGUGAUACUGGUUACGCGGGUCCCUAUGUAAGUAUGUUCUUUUUUGAAAUUUUUACCCCAAAUCUCUUAGGCGCUUAAAAUAUAAUGGAAUAGAUAUCUACAAUUUGGUGUACUAGUAUUUUAAAAAGGCCGCUUUCUCCAAGCAUGCAAAACGUAAAGUGCUAGCUAGAAUAUUUCUUUAGAAAGCGAGAUAGCAAAAACGUUUAUUGGAUUCUGGUUGUACGAAGAGAUCCGACGCGAAAUAGCAAUAUCGAAUUUCGGAGCAUUUUUUUCUCAGAACUUCGAACACGCUAGAAGUCUUCUUGUCGUUUGUGCCCUCCACGCAUAAAUAAAUCUAUCAAAGUUGAACUAACUUGAAAUGUUCCUUCCUAGGAAAUCAAAAAGAUGCGUACUCUGGGAAUUAAAUGACCUGAUAACUAUCGUUAAUCAAGACUGUUUCUGUGAACCAGGUUGGAUUAAGCUUCACGGAAGUUGAAAAUGUUGUUGCGUAAAUCUGAGGUUUGACUGGAAAUCGGGUAGAUAUUCUGCCUUGUGGAAACCCCUCCAGUUUGCAAGCACGUUCUUGAGUUUGCGAAUUUUAGCAGACUGAAGCACGACAUGGAGGACCACAACGCCAAUCCCGUAGGCAGGCUAAAAUCAAGCCUGCUCAAAGCGAGCUCAUUGUAUUUGUCCUUUUCUGUCAAUAUAUUUGGAGUAAACGACAGAAACCCUGAAAACUCCAUUUAGAGGGUACGGAUAUAAAUGAAAAUAGUUAAAUUGCAAACCUUUUGCUUGUAGUUGUGGUAAGGAGAAUUCAUAAAUCUAAUAAUGUAACAUAAAGGCGAAAGGGUUAUUAAUAAUAAUAAUUAGAAAUAAUAAUAAUAGAAAUAAUUGCAAAAAACUUUGUUCACCGCAUUCGGACUGUGAAAAUUUCAAUAUGGGCUAAGUUUGACGCACAAAAUAGGAUCUGUUUAAAUCUUGUUAGUAGUAUAUUUAUAGUCAUUUCAGUAAUCCGUUAAAUCAGGCUUCGGCAGUUCGGGUUGCCUUUCAGCAGGUAUGCAUCCAGUUGUCUCUUGAGCACGUUCACUGUAGGAGAAUUACCAUGUCAAGCAGAUUUUCCGUUUGAUAAAUUUUAUUAGCCGUGAUAUCGUCUGAUAACAGCAUGCAAAGCAGCCCAGUAGGGUGUUUGCUUUCACAGGCUUCUAGAUUCGUAUUUCAGCUCACAGCUACCUUGCACUCAAGAAGACAAAAGAACUGACUGCCCCCGUUAUUGCAUAGUUUUCUCUUUCUGGAUAUCCUAACUACGCUUGUAUUGGAACCCCCUUGUCCACUCUUUAGGGCGUCAAAGGUGAUCGUGGACCCGACGGUCCUCCAGGCGAGCGCGGCCUGCGUGGUCCGGAGGUGAGUGAGAUUCAAUCAGAUUUAUUUCAUCUAGCAAUUGCCUCUUCUCCCAAUCUGUCUGACGACGUUCAGUACUUAAAAAUUUGGUUUUACAUCAGAAGGCUGGAGGAUUUGAGUGUUUUUUUUUUAUUGAAAUCUGCAUUAAAUUUAAUGACAACCGCACUGCUGUUUCGCAUGGAUCAUAUGUCCGAGUAGGGUUUGUGGCAUGCAGUUAAGUAGCUAGUCCUAUCGGUCCGAAUUUUGUGGUAUUAAUCCGGCCAGUUUCCUGAAGACUGCUCAGCUCCAUUCAGCCCCUCUUGAUUACUAUUUCGGGAAUCGCGAGAGUGAUGCUCACUCCCGCAAAGGCAAGCCAAAAACCAUAUGAGGGCCGGUAAAAGCAGUGAAAACUUAACUUUUCUUUUCAAGCUUCAGUUCGUUUUAUAAAAAAGCAAAAAGUAAAUUUGUCAAAGAAAACACACCGUAUAAUAUCAUAGUUAAGUGCAAAAUCUGUGUAUGCGGAUUGACGGGGAGAAGAUUAUGUUUGCUGACCAGCACACUCCUUACGUUCACAAUUCGUGCAUCGAAACAAUUCAAAGGCUCGCACGACAACCUGUUGACACAAUAAAAAUAUGCAGCACUUGCGAUCUACUAAAUCAAACUCUGCCUGCCGAAGUGUCUUCUUAUAGUAUUGGGUCGUUACGUACACUUUGGUACACAUUGCGUACACAUUGGUGUUUUAAUUUGUAUGCAUAUAUAGGGCAACCGGCUUGUGACCCAGUGGUUUGAGGCGUGGACAUCUGACUAACAGGUCGCGCGUUCGAGCCUCGGGUUUUCCACACUUCGGGGUUGGGUAUGACUGGCUGACGACGGCUAAUAAGCCAGAAAUUGCCAUUCUAGUCUUCCUUGUCUUUGUCGGUAAUACCAUUCUGCCUCAUACAUUUAUGUAUAUAGACAGAAGGCAGGCGUUCGAAGAAUUUUAUUAACAGAGAAGUAACAUUUUUCUAUCGAGUAUACGACCAAACCCGGGUUGAGAGCUCAUCGUCAGGGGCAUGAAAAACGAACAAAAACACACAAUGACAAAGACUGAAUAUGUAGGUUCACUGAGAAAAGAGAAAACAGGGACUUCUGAAACAUCGGAAGGAUGUUAAUAUUAGUUUCAUUAGUAGGGUAGAUGAACGCGGAAGUUGACGGAGUAUGCUAAAGCAUUGAAAAAAUCUUGCAUUUCUGUCAUCUUUGUUUUGCUUGUCGGAACAGGUCGCGCAGUUUGAAAGAUACGAGUUAGGGACGCGUAAAAGGAGCGGAAACAAGAGAUCAAGGAUUAUUGGUUAAAGAAGACCGAAUUAGAUAGGAUUGUAGGCUGCAAGCAAACCUAACCUAACACUAACAUUAAACAAUGCCUUUAUUUUGAUUCUAAAUUUAAUCAUUUCCCUCAAUUUGCCCAGAGACGUAAACCAAAUAUAGCAUGUUUGAAAAAAAUCAAGUAAGUAGGCAUGUUACAGUAAUAAAACCACAACACCUGGAUAUUCAACCGUCACCCGAGCAACUUUAAAACAUUCUGUGGCCGGUUCGCUUUCAUGCUUAUCGUCAUCCCGUGCUUCCCGUUGCCAGGUCAUACUGACCACGUUCGUCUCCUCGUGUCCUAGAGAGUUUUGUGCGUGACAUCAAAAUCCACGCGCAUGAUUCAAGUUUAGCUGUUUUAUACUCUCAUGACGUGCCUGACGGUUGACUGGGGGUAUGUCAUGAGAAUCCAUGCAGUAGACAUAUUUCGCCCUCGAAAGAUGCGUCUUAUGUGUAGAUCUUCAAUAUGCUAUACGGAAAAUCCUUUUUUCCUUUUCUUUUUCUAUUAAAAGCUUUCUUUCGAUAUAAUAUUAAUUCACAGGGCUACAAAGGUUUACAAGGUCUACCCGGUCCCCCAGGAAUCGAUGGCCCCGAAAUUACGAUCGAAGGACAAAAGGGUGACAAGGGCUGGAGAGGCGUUCGGGGUCCCGAUGGUACACCUUGUUCAAUACAGGAACUGACAUCGGGGCCUAGGGGUCGGCCUGGCUACGACGUAAGUCUAGUUUAGCAUAUCGAAAACAUCUACUUAAUUCGGAUAAGUAGGCCUAUUUGUUGCACCUUUCCCCGACACGCCGAUAGCAAGUGCCUGAUACCAACUGAAAACCUUAACUUUCUUUUGACUUCCAGGGACCCGCGGGUCCGAAAGGGGACAAAGGCGAACAGGGACGUGCUGGAGAGGCGGUGAGUUUUACUUUUUAUUCCCUACGUUAUACCUGCACGUGUUUGUGUGUUUACUAAUCUAUCAGACAAUAUGAAAUUAUAGGGCCUCGAUGGUCCGCCGGGAUACCCAGGAGAAAAGGGUCUUCCGGGACGUGAAGGUGACCGGGUAAUGCAAUUUUACAUUUAUUUGGUAGCCACUUUAGUUCCUAUAAGCUUUUUAUGGCUAUUAAUUGUAAGGAUUUCCCGCUUUAGGGCGAAGCUGGAGAUAUUGGCGAUCCUGGUCGUGUUGGUGAACCUGUGAGUAACAUUAACUGUACAUACAAUGUUGCAUUGUCAUUUGAACUACGUUUGAAAGUCGACACUCUUUGAUUGAUAGUUGAUAAAAGCAUAUACUAGGGUUUGGAUAUUUCGCUGCCAUAAGUUGUGCUAUCCGAGUCCUCAGAACGUUGAAGCAACCGCAUGAGACGAAGGCAUUGGUGACAUUUCCUAAGGUUUUCAGUCAAGUCUAGCCAUUGUCUUUAUGACCUUUCAGUACACUGCACGUACUUUCGUAAAUCCUUAUAUACAGUUGCUCAUGUAUCGCAUGAAACUGUAGAGGAAAAUCCAAAAUUUUGGCCCUUUUGAAAAGAAUAUACAGAGAAGGUUGUAAUAUUUAUUGUCAUGUAUAAGUAGUCUAAAACAUUUCGCUCAGAACAGGAUGCCGGUUUCUGAAUGUUUUUUUCUUCGGAAUACCCUCAGACAUCAACAUUAUACUGUAUAACAAUUCUUACAGAUCUCUGGUGUUCUUAAAACCACAUGCCUAUUUUAUAGAGAGUAUCCACCAAAUAACCUUCCUUACUCUACCAAGAGUAAGUUAGGAACUGAACAACAGCCCAUAUUUCGCAGUCCAAAUUUAGGAAGCUUGAGGUUGAAGUCAAAACGACCGUCGAACCUUGUCUUUCAUGCUCCUCUUGAACAAAUAUUGUAAUCCUCCUCGUCGUCACGACAACACUCCUCGCUCAAAUCUGAAAACUUCUUUGAAUUCACGACCAUGAGUCAACCGUAGGGUCGUCCGUACAGAGUCAAGCGGGAGCGUACACGCCUAGACCAUCGGAAUUUUUCCUUGAGCCAGCGUGUUGUUCGACUGUGGAACUUACUCCCCAUUGAAAUAGUGACAUCUGAUACAAUGGCUGUAUUCAAAAGGCAGCUGGAUCGUUUGACAUUUUAUAAACGACGGCCCUCACUGCGGGACUACCUGCGGCCAGCCAUAAACUUCAUUUCUUAAUUUAAUCCCUAUGUAACAUAUCCCUGACGUUUAAUGAAAUUUUCCCUCUCCAACUACGCAAAUGACUGCAUUUUAUGCUGAUUGUAUAUAAUUGCACUUAAAAUUUCAUAUGUUCAUCGAAAAGACCGCCUGCCGCACCCUUCGCAAUUCCGCACUGUGAAACGUUUUUCGUAAACAAAUAUGGUACUGACAAACUUUUAGUAAGGUGCGCAAUUAACAUUUAUAUUGUAUGUAUCGUUGUCAAUAUGGUCAUCAAGGGCAAUGCCGAUUACCAUAAAAUACACUAUUAUUAUUAUUACUUCAAUCAAAAGCCUUAAAAUCAGCCAAUGAUAGUUGUAGCUUUUUCGGUUGACGUAUAAAUCGUACUCAUGAGUGCAUUUUCUUUUCUUCUCCGCAGGGUGACCGUGGUUUUGACGGAGACACCGGUCGACCCGGACCUGCAGGUAUACCGGGAGAAAUAGGCCGUUCAGGAGUGGAUGGUCUCCCGGGCUACCCCGGUCCCAAGGGCCGUCCAGGGGUAAGUCUACUUUCUGAGGCCCAAACUGCGAUUUUGCACUAAUUCCAACGACCAAGCAGGGAUUUUUUUGGCCUGUGCUUGCCUGAUUUCCUCUUCAGAACAGUAUAAACUAUUAAAGUGCUUUCAGCGAACGUCGAUGGACGACUCCGAACUCAAGGGACUGAAGCCCAGAGUAGAUAGAAACGGUCGGAGUGAGGGACUAAUCCUGGACCACCAUAGAUAGCCUAUGUUAAUGCAUUUGUGGUUCAGAUGGUAAAUUGUUGGUAUUCUUGGCUGCCAGGCGAAGUUAGGUCCCCAGGCAUCGUCUGUUUGGAUUCCCACGGUCGUAGUUAAGGGGAAAAUAGUGUAGGAUUUGACUGUACAUCCACUACUAUUGAGUUAACCCUGAUGUAUGCUUUUUGUUUUCUUAUUGUAGAGUGCUCGUGACUGCACCGGGCCCAAGGGUAUCAAGGGUGAAAAAGGAUUUCCAGGCCUAAAGGGUCAGCGGGGCUACCAGGGCCGCGAGGGUCAGCAAGGACUGCCGGGCAACAAGGGAGACCGUGGUCCAGCCGGUCGCCCGGGUCCACCAGGACGGCGCUGUGAGCUCGGUGAUAUGGGUAUGCGCGGCGACAAGGGCAGUACCGGUAAGCUGACUCCGCUUCUCAAGUCAAGUCCUCGAUGUUGCUAG